GCCAAGUGUCGGUCUCUAUCAGCGUUAUCAUUGCCGUCAGAUUAGAGUCUUGAGAGUCUUGAAUCCAUCGUGUUGUUACGACGCAUAUACAACGUCUUCAAAGUAUUCCUAAAAAACAUUUUAUUUGUCGUGUGAAGAUCAAGACUGAGAUGGAAUUUCUGCGAAUUUGAUAUCCGGUAGUAUUAGAUGAGAUACGCUAAUUUUAAGUUAUUAUUGCGAACGAGGAUAUAGAGAUCGAGAUUGCGCACGUUUGAAACGUCGAAAAUCAUAACAGCGAGAUAUCUAAUAGCUAACGAGACGAUGUUCAGUAACGCCAUGCAAGCAAAAUUGGCGUCGAUGGUGCUGAUUGGCGCUGGCAGUUUCGUCGUCGGCAUCGUGCCUGCUUGCUUUAUUUCGCGUACUCACCAACUCCAACAGAAAUUGCUGCUUUCUUGUACCUUGUGCUUCGGCGCUGGUGUUCUCCUAGCCACCGCGAUGCUUCACGUGCUACCAGAAGUACGUCAAAGUCUAUCAGAUUAUUCCGAGCUGGUAUUCUCCUGUGGCUUCCUCGUGCUGUAUUUGGUCGAAGAAUGCGUGCAUUAUUUUUGUCGAGACAAAAAUCAUGAGUCCGAGAUAGAUACUCGUCCUUCCAGAUUCACGGACUCUAGGAUCGCGCACGAGCGAGGUGUUGGUUACAAUGCCGCCUCGCAAGACAGCAAGAUGUACAUGUCCGAAGGUGACGUGAAAUUAUCGUUCAAUUACCGUCAAAAUCCUCUUGAUGAUAGUGCCAAUAAUGCGCGGACGUUUACUAGCUACGGCGCGACGAGAUGCAUCGCAUGUAACUGUCGUUCAAGACUGUUAAACAAAGAAAAUACAUUUUUAUGUCACGGAAACCAUGGCGAACAAUAUACCGAUGCCAAUACUGGUCUCGCCGGUCUUGCUCUCGCUCUCACUGUACAUGCCGUUCUCGAAGGACUUGCAAUAGGAUUGCAGACAAAAAUCACUGAGGUACUGUUAUUAACCGGAGCGGUAGCAUCACACAAGUUUGUCGUCGGUUUCUGUUUGGGACUGGAAUUAGCGGGAGUUAGUAAAUCUGUUCCUAAAUUAAUAUUUGCGAUUUUUCUGUUUGCUAUUGGAUCUGUCGUUGGAAUCGGCAUUGGCAUGUUAACAUUUCAGACGGAUACGGAUUGGUCCAAGGUGAUACUGCCAAUUUUGCAAGGUCUAGCAGGUGGGACUUUGCUAUACGUCACCGUAAGUGAAGUUCUUCCGAGGGAAAGGAUUCGAUGGCACAAAAAUUCACGCAGAUUUGCAGGCAUUUUACAAUUUCUAUCGGUAGUCGUUGGAUUUGUCGUCAUCUUUCUUCUUAAUAACUAUAUAAGCGAGUGAAUUAACUCCAACAUUAAUUAAAGUAAGUAUUCCGAAAUCGAGUCACUUCGGGCAAUAUGCUAAUUACAUCGUGUAUAUUCUCAUAAAGCUGUGAUGUACAUCGAAUAUAUGUUGCACUGUAAUUUUAGAUAUAUAUUGCUAUUCAAGUAACUGACAUUUUUUGAGCAUUUGAGAAUA